AUGGACGUCAAACAAAGAGUGCUAGGACGCGCUGGCCAAGUUCUGGGUGCUGCAUUCAAAGCCCAGGGGCAGGAUCUCGUGCUUGGCAGCUAUACAGGCGCCGAGCUGAGCUUGCCGCAUGAUAGAUCCCGCAAAGCCCCCGAUUUCAUAGCCACCUAUCAAAAAUCUGGCUCUGGCAUAGUCACGGGCGUGGGAGAAGCUCGACUACCAGCAAUACGACCGCAUCCACCCCAUCCACUCGGCUCUGCACUUGAUAAGCUUGAAAAGGGUUAUGAAGGGUCCCUGCGACGCUUGCUAGGCCUGGUUCCAACAUACCUGCUUGAGACGCAUAUCAAAUACGGCUUUGUGACGUCUUACGAUGAAACGAUCUUUCUCCGCAAGGUGGAGAGGAAUGGAGUGAGUUUCUAUCACGUUGCACUGUUCAGCAAAGGAGAUGCUGAUUCUGAGGUGGAUACAGGAAGCACCCAGAACUAG